AAAUUGAAAAACGAGCCCCACCCACUUAAAAAAGCAAAAUGUCUUGGCUGCAAGAGCCUGUCUCUUUAGAGUCUAAUUUGUGGAGAGUGCUGAAGCUGAAUGGAAGAGAUUUCAUACUCAAGGGCCACGUUGAAGGCUCCAGUUAUCACGUGAUGCUGAGUGAUCUGUGUACAAUAUGGGAAGAAACACUCGCCUCGGAUGAUAUCCUUCAGAGGUCAAAGGAAUUGAAUCGUAACAUCGAAGCUCCUCUUCUGGUUAUUCUGAAGAGAAUUGGAGACAACGUCUCAAGUAACGAGCCUGGCUCAUCGUUUGCCCUCCCCUCCUCCACACCCUCACACCCUCACACCCUCACACUCUCACUCACAACCACACUAGCGUCACUGCCAUUUCAAUGGAACUUCAACCUCGAGCAAGCAGCUCCAAAAUCUAUGGGGGCUCAGCUGGUGGCCCCCCUACUGAGAAUGGUGGGGGAGCUGACUCACAGAGGAGAGGAGCUAGCUCAAAUACUGACACUCAAGGACAAGGAGAUACAAGACUACAAGGAGCAGGGAGCACGUGUCUCAAGAAAGCACUUUGAGACUGCCCCGUUUGUUGAGGAAUCAUUUGCUACUGAAAUGACCUCGUCCAGUGCAUUCCCUGCUAGAGCACUCCACUCAUUUAGCGUUAUCAGCAACCCCUCCGUGCAGUGCCUGUACGGAGACAUUGCCAAGGCGAGGCGGUGGGCAGAGAGAAAUGAUGGGGUCAUUGAGGAGGUCAGCGAUCCGCCAGUGAGUGCUGCAGCUGUGAUGUCAUCCCUCACUUCCCCUGUCAAGAAACCACCUCCCGAGUCACCCUCCAAGGAGGAUGAGGAGGCGAGGCGUAGAGAAUUGGAGAGAAAAUUGGAGAGUGAGAAACAAAAGCCAAAGAAAAAGAAGAGAAAACUGAUGUGAUUAAAACAAUACAUGAUUAAUUUGCAAAAUUUUAAAUCAUACAUGUAUGUACUAUAAUUAUUUUUACGAGCCACUGUGCAAUUGAAAAA